AUUGCCAAAUACUUACGCACUUUAAGCGUACGCUGUUUCCACGCAAUACUUUUCCUCGUUUCUCCUCCUCCUGCCUCCAUAAAAAGACAGCAGGAAGCAGAGAGAGAGAGAGAGAGAGAGAGAGAAUGGAGAAAGACAGGAAAAUAGGGGUGGCGAUGGAUUUCUCAAAGAGCAGCAAAAGGGCACUGGAAUGGGCAAUCAGCAAUUUGAGUGACAAAGGGGAUACCCUGUACAUAAUCCACAUCAAGCCCCACUCCCUGGGCGAGUCCCGCAGCAGCCUCUGGUCUGCCUCUGGUUCUCCUCUGAUUCCAUUGGUGGAAUUUCGUGAACCCGAGGUCAUGAAGAAGUACGAUGUGGAAACAGAUAUGGAAGUUCUGGACACGCUUGACACUGCUUCUAGGCAGAAAGAGGUGACCAUUGUGACGAAAUUGUACUGGGGUGAUCCGAGAGAAAAGCUGUGUGAAGCAGUGGAAGACCUUAAGCUGGACUCUCUGGUCAUGGGAAGCAGAGGUCUUGGCAAAAUCCAGAGGAUACUAUUGGGGAGCGUGACCAAUUAUGUGAUGACCACUGUACUCUGCCCUGUAACUAUAGUCAAGGACCCAGAUCUUCGCAAGCUCUGAUCUCUAGGCUUCAUCAGGGUGCCGAUCUCUUCUGUCCCGAAAUCCUCCGUUUCUGUGCCGAGCUGGGGGGUUUUCGGCUGUCAACACAGAGACACAAGAGUUUUCGGCAUAGAAGAUCCUGGCUCGGCUUCAUCAAACUCAUCCCCAGUAAUCUACACUUACUAGUCAUUUUCCUUUUCUGUAGUAAGUAAUAAUUGGAGUUUCUCUAUUUAUAAAUUCUGUAGUUUGUUUCUUCAACGGAUGAUACAUGCCCCGAACUUGGUACUCUAAUAUUUGGAAAAAAGGGAAGAAAGAGAAAAGAAUUUGGUUUGUUUCUAAGUUA